CAAGCCAGGAAGCCACUGACGGCAUUGUGCGCCGUACUGUUCACGCUUCUGUUCGUACAGAAGUAUGCUAGAGCUUCGCUGCGGCGCAAUGCAGAAGAGCCCACCAUGACAACAAGCCUCUCGUCUCGUCUCGUGUCGUCUCGUGUCGUGGCGUGUCCCCCUCACUCCCCAUUCCUGCGCCAUCCUCUGCUCCUCGCUCAUGCCCAGACCAUCACUAGAUCAUUGAGCCAUGCCUGCCGUUGUGCGCCGUCGGAUUAGCUGCGAAGCAUUUAGUCUGUCGAAUUCACGAUAGUCACUCAGCGUGGCGCAAAUCCACUAGGACUGCUUUGAUUUAUGUACAGCUCAUCGAGCCUCUUUAGUUAUAACCUUACGCCCAACGAGACCGCGGAUUCGGCAGUAUGCAGUCCGGUCGCCCCGUUCCAUCCCAUCCCGCGUGUCGACGUAUCGCAGCGCGGAGACACACACACCCCAUAGCACGCACGCCUUACCGAGAUUCCCGUUCGCGCGUCAGAGUAGAGCAGCGCUCGCCUCUAGCUCGCCUUCUCCUGCCACUGAUUCUGUCUCUAGUGGCCCUGCCGUGCGUGCCGGUAGCGGUAGCGCAGGCCAGGACAGAUGCCUUCGCCAAGCUACCCGGGCAGCCGGCGGGCGCGCCCAAGUUCAACCAGUCGGCGGGGUACAUAAUGGUGGAGGGGCGCAAGGCGUACUUCUACUGGCUCAUGGAGGCCAUCGGCCAGCCCGAGUCGAAGCCGCUGCUGCUCUGGCUCAACGGCGGCCCCGGGUGUUCGUCGGUGGGGUGCGGGCUGUUCGAGGAGGUGGGGCCGUGGCGCGUCGCGUCCAAGGCCGCCACGGCGCUCGUCUACAACCGAUUCGCCUGGAACCGACUGGUGAACGUUGUGUUUCUCGAAUCGCCCGUGGGGGUGGGGUACUCCUACUCCAAUGACACGUCAGACUACACCACCGAUGACGCACAGACAGCGAAGGACAACCACGCGUUCCUGGUGGGCUUCCUGGCGCGCCACCCGCGAUACGCGGGGCGGGAGUUCUACAUCGCGGGGAGAGCUACGCGGGCCACUACAUUCCGCAGCUCGCCGCCCGAAUAAUCGAGCAGAAUCAGAUGGAGGGCGGCACUCGUGUCAACUUGGACUUGUCGGGCAUCUUCCUGGGCAACCCCUUCGUGAACUACGCCCACGACACCAAGGCACGCCGCUGCCCCUCCCCCCCCUGCCGCCUCAUAGCUUCCGUGGGCAGUGGGAUGUGGUGGGGCAUGGGACAUGAAGCAAGCAUGGGCAUUGGUGGAUUGGGGAGUGCGCGCUGCAGGGGGCGGGAGGAGCUGGGGAUGCGUGAGGAGCUGGGGAGCUGGGGGCGCUGCACGAGGCACGAGGCAUGAGGCACGAGGCACGAGGCACGAGGCAGCAGCCCACUGCAGCUGAUGAAUGGCCACCCGCGCGCCUGGCACUCCCGUCCCAUGCUUCCAGUGGCGCCCACAUGUCAUGCAUGCAAGGACUUGCAGCGAUCCAAUCUCAUUGCUUCAGCAUCCUCGCCCAUGCAUGUUGCCAUGCCUCCCAUGCAUCACGCAUCAUCCCAUCCA